AUGCAAAAUUCCGGAAAGUUUUGCGAUGAGCAAUCACCUAAAAGCCAAAUACAGUUAUCUUCGACAGCCGACACAACAAUUUCAUAUAAACUAAAAAUCAUUAACCAACUCUUUUCGAUUCUUCAUUUUAGUCACAAGAAAAAACUACCGCUAACUAAGAACAAAAAACAGUUACAGUCGAAACAACAACUGCGUCAGCAAUUACAUCCACAAUUGGAAUCUGAUUUUUCAACAACAACGAUUCUAUCUGAAAAACCAAAAAGUUAUAUAGCAACAAAUCAACGACUAAAUUUCAACUGGUCAAACAUUGAUCAAAAACUCAUCUUGGCUGGAGAGAACAAAUCAUACGAAAUAUUAUUGGCAGCGGAUGAAUUUCUUGCUGAAAGUUGUAAAGAUAAUCCUUUAAAAUCUUUUCGUCUAAGUGAUAAAUACAAUCUGCCGAAAUCAUAUAAAGAAUCCUCAAAACUGAUACUUGACAAUCUCAACUUAUAUCGACGAAAAGAUGAAUUCAAAUUGUUGUCAGAACAAGCAAAACGUGCAUUAUACGAGCGACGUUGGGAAUUCGACCAAGGUCUCAAAGAAAUUUAUAGUUUUGUGAAACGUGGGAAGUGUGGUUCUUUACGGCAUAACAAUUGUGGCGUAGUCGUUUCGCGGUUUCAACAUCACGAGCUUGUUGGAAAAGAAAUAAAAGAGCGUAUUAACGCUGUACUUGUUAGUCAAGUCACGGCUCCGUCUAAAAUACAUGCUGCCUUACUGCGUAAUCCAAAACACCAAUCAAAUGCCGCAUCUAUGUGUGUAGGGAUUAACGAAUGGAUCGAAAAGAAACUUUUAACACAUUGUGGCAAAUUUGAACCGUUGGAAUGUGAACGAAUUCGAAUUUUUCGAGCUUUUUAUAUUUAUGUUGAAUUGAAUUUAUAA